UUGUACACUGACACAUCACAUUCAGGUACUGUAUUCCGUGAACCUAUCAUUGUGAAGAAUGUUCCAAGGCUUGUCAACACAUGGACGAAACCAAUCAUAAUUGGCCGUCAUGCUCACGCUGACCAGUACAAAGCCACUGAUUUUGUCGUUCCGGGAGCUGGCAAGUUGGAAAUCAGAUUUGUACCCGCUGACGGUGGCGAGGAGAUUAAACACGAGGUGUUUGAGUUCAAGGGACCUGGAGUGUCACUCUCAAUGUAUAACACUGAUGAAUCAAUCAGGGACUUUGCUCAUGCAUCCUUCAAGUACGCCCUUCAGCGAGGUUAUCCCCUCUACUUGUCCACCAAGAACACUAUUCUGAAGAAGUACGAUGGUAGAUUCAAGGACAUCUUCGCAGAGAUCUAUCCGGAGUAUGAAUCCCAAUACAAGGCUGCUGGUAUCUGGUAUGAACACCGGCUCAUAGAUGAUAUGGUAGCCCAAGCAAUGAAAAGCAAUGGCGGGUUUGUUUGGGCAUGCAAGAAUUAUGACGGUGACGUACAGUCUGACUCCGUCGCUCAAGGAUACGGGUCGUUGGGUCUCAUGACAUCGGUGUUAGUGUGCCCUGAUGGCAGAACCGUUGAAGCAGAAGCUGCUCAUGGUACUGUCACUCGCCACUAUCGCAUGCAUCAGAAGGGUCAGGAGACUUCGACUAAUCCAAUAGCAUCUAUCUUCGCUUGGACUCGAGGCUUGGCUCACAGAGCUUUACUUGACCAUAACGAGGAACUGGCAAGAUUUGCAGAAAAUCUUGAAAAGGUCUGUAUCCAAACCAUGGAAGAUGGUUACCUCACCAAAGAUCUUGCUAUAUGUAUCAAGGGCCUGAGCAAUGUUACGCGUGCAGAUUAUCUGAACACGUUUGAAUUCAUGGAUAAACUUGCCGAAAACUUGGCGAAAAAACAAGCUCAUCUUUAA